CUUCCCCUCGCAUCAUGCCAUCCCUCCUCCGUCCGGAUCUUUGGAAAUGCGCACACUGGCCUCAUUCAAGGAAGAAUUAAGCGAUUUAGAAAGAAAAUAAUAUUAAGAAGAAGAAUAAGAAGAAUCAGUACUCCUGCAUUAAUAAAGCAGCGGGUUCUGCAGGAGGAUAAAGAGGAGCCCGGAUCCGAAUCCGCACAUGUUCAGGUGAAGGUAGGCAGCAGCAUGAAGCUCUGAGGAACUGAAGAACACACUGCAUUUUAUUUUUGUAACACAUGCUAUUUUGAGUCAGUGAUUGAGAUGAUGAUGGAAUGAAGCCUCCACUGAACUGAAUGCAUCAUUCAUUUGUGCUGUAUCAUUUUUUUCUUUCGACUUAAUGAAUGCUUUCAUUUCUGAUUGAAAGAGGAGCAGAUUGUUUUGUGAAUCAUCUCCGGUUGCACCAUAUGACCAUCUGGCAUGAAGGAUAACUGAAGCUGUGGAGGUGGACCACUGAAGAAGAAGAAGAAGAAGAAGAGUGACUGGAUGUAAUCUGUGUGACCUGAACACACUACCUUUACUCAUUAAAAAAAGAUAAGAACGGUCUUUAUUAUUAAAUAUUUAUAUCUGCACACGUCCAUGCAAAUUUCCAUGAGGUCUUCGUUCUCUGGAUGUUUCUCUAAGAAUCUGCUUUAAAAUUGAACAAUCCUCACACGUCCAGGUCUUCAUGUAGGUCUCAUCCACUCAUCGACCAUUUUCAAAGAGCAAUAAUAAUCAUAACAAUAACAGUAAGUACUUCACUGGAACGUAUCAGCGACGUGAAACCAAAGACACGUAAAAAAAAAAAAAAGAAGUUGUGCAAUCCACACUUCCAAUCUUCCAUUGUCAAUCAGUCACUGUGCAACAUCUUCAUCUCAACGUCAUCUUCUUCUCCUUCUCAGGUCACUUGGAUUUUCCUUUCUCACGCGUCGUCGUUCCCGAUCGCUCGCUCGUCUUCCACGCUAUGCACUCAUCACAGACUUUCUCUUUCUCUUAAACAUCACAAACCUCAGAACGUUCCAGUCUUCCAUUACAAACAAGGAAAGCUCUAAAGUGUAAAGACAGAUUUUUAUCGAUAUCAGAGAAUCUUUCUUUAGAAGAAUACAGCUAUGUUAUAGAUAGGCUAGCAACACAACGCUAACAAAAGAAGACUCGCAUCAUCGUAAAAAAACCCAACAACAAACGAAGACAUUCUGGAUUCACGUGCAGACUGAAGAGCUUCACUGAAGUGAACACUUCAUCACUAAAGUGCGGUGGAACGUGAAGGUGGCGUCGCUGACAGAAGUGAAAGAGAGGAACGUGAACAGGAGCACGUGGAGAAGAUGACUGCAGUCCAGGUGAUGUGGCUCCCACUGCUGCUGCUGUGUCUCCUCCAGGCUCGUCUCAGCAGCUCUGCGUGUGUGGAGGUCGACUCGGACACCGAGGCCGUGGCAGGAAAGGAUUUCAAGCUGGGCUGCAUUUCCUGUAAGAUGCGAGGCGAGGUGUACGCCUCUGCCUCCGUCGACUGGUGGUUCAUGGCCAAAGGAGAAAGCAACUUCAGCCACAUCUACAGUUACAGCAGCAUGGGGGCCAUGGUCACAGAUGACCGCUUCAUGGACCGUAUCCAGUGGGAGGGCAGUAAAGACACGCUGGACCUGCAGGAUGGAUCUCUGAACAUCCUGAACAUCACCUACAACGACACGGGGACGUACCGCUGCUACUUCAACCGCAAGCUAAUCUUCAGCUCCUACGAGUUUCACACCAAUAUCACCAAAUUCAUCACCAUCAACGUCUUGGCCAAAGAGACCCGUGGUAUGGCCUCCAUCCUGUCGGAGGUGAUGAUGUACGUGUCAAUCAUCGGCCUGCAGCUGUGGUUACUGGUGGAGAUGGUUUACUGUUACAGGAAAAUCGCCGCUGCUGGAGAGGAAGCGCUGAGAGAGAGCGCGGCCGAGUAUUUAGCGAUCACAUCUGAGAGUAAAGAUCACUGCACUGGUGUGGCUGUGGCCGAGUAACACACAGGCGCACACACACACCCUCACACAGGGUCAUAAAUUCUUGGACGCUUCACCAUAGUGAUGACCUUCACCUGGUUUCCCUUCACCUCGUCCCUCCGUCCUCUGAGUCUGUGAGGGACGAGUGCGAGGACGCGCGUGUGUGUGUGCAUGUGUUUUUACGCAGAAUCGUCACAUAGGCGGCGUUUCAUUUCACUGAAGAGCCCUGAAUAGUGCACUGAGGUUCCGAGGUGUACAGACUGAACGCACAUCAGGGGCUCAGACCAAUACAUACAUCAAUAAAUACAUAAAAUAAAAAAUACUAAAAAAUAUGUGAUUUAAGAGCACAGCAUGAACUGAUGUACACGUCACAUAUCCACAGUAGAAGUGUUUUAACGCGAGCUGUACUUAUGUAUCUCGACUCUCUCUUUAUUUUACUUCCUCAUACAGAGUUUAUAUUCACGCGUACGGAAGUGUUAAUGAGCAUCAGAACCGUUAAUGAUCUUUACUUAACCGUAUAAACACGACAUCUUAAAUGCUAACAGUGCAGUGCUAAUGUAGCUAACAUCAUGCUACAUGUUAAAAGAGCGGAAUCCUUCAUCUCUCUCAGCAGUGUGGACGCUGAAACCAAGGCUAACAACACACGAAAGCUAACGCUACAGCUUACUACUUAGCACCACUCUUGUGAAUUAGCAUCAAUACAGUUCACUUAGCAUAUUUAAGACUUAUUUAUAAAUGUGUCUUAGACGACAAAAAUAAAUAAGUAACAUGAAACAGAAAUGUUAGCAAGUCUCUCACACACACACACACACACACACACACACACACACACACACUAUAAUGAAGGGAAUGUGAUGAGAAAUGAUAAUGCUAACAACAUGAUUCUAAUGCAGCUGUGUCAAUCUAUUUACCUCACUGAAAGGGAUAUUUUAACCUUGUGAAACGUUAGCGGUGGCUAAAAAAAGGCGAACAAAUGAAAAGCUUACACUGCCAAUUAGCACGACUGGAAAAAUUUAACCGUAAAGUGGUUUUUUUUAAACUCUGAUUUUUGUGAUAAAUUCACAUAAAGCUGCACUGUUAGUGAUUCACACUCGCUAUGACAACACUAAUGCUAAUAACAUCAUGCUAAUGCAUGCUAAUGUAGCUAAACUCAGUCCAGUCAUCUCAGCUGUGUGCAAAAGUUUCACAGACUAAAACAAAUGAAAGCUAACACUGCCAGUUAGCACGUUAUUAUUUAGCAUAACCAUUCACGACAAGCCUUUAUUAAAUGCUAGCUGUGUUCGCUUAACCUUGAUGUAGUUAAAUUAUCCCUUUUGUCAUAUUUUCAGAUUUGUAUGAUGUUCUACAGCACAUUACAGCAUCUAACAGUCAGCAUAAAGCUGUCGGAGGCCUGCCAGUUCUCUCAGUGGAUAUUUAGGGAACCUUUAGUGAGGUGUGUAUGAAAAUGAACCCAUUCGAGCAGCGGGGUGUGAUUUGUUGGUAAAAAGUGUAAAGAUAAUAAUGUUAGCCGUGAUGAAAGGACACAAAGCUGCAUGACACCGAGAUUGGAAUUUAUUCAUGUCUGUAAAUUUGUAUGCAAACAUUUUUUUCUGCAUGAAACGAAGAAAAAAAAAAACAAACAGAAAAUGAUCUUGAUGCUGUUUGGUGUUGGUGCCAGCAGGUGGCGCUGCAACACUGCCACACUCUCACUGCCUUUACACUCACGCUAACCAUGUGCUCAUAAUCAGUUACUGAGUUCAUCUCAUCCUGUUCUUAUAAACGGAAUAAACAUCGCCAGCACUUCCUUCGGGAUGUUUUACGUCACGUAAUUAGAGAAGUGAGCCGUAAUCCGUCUGUUGUGGAAAGUGGAAUUUUCUGAAAAAGCAGACUCACUGUUUGGCGUCACUACCAAGAGACACUACUGCUGUUGCUUGUGGGUGUGGCCUGCAAAACCUUUUUAUUUUUUAUCAAACAUUCGUAGCUGUAUACAGCAUCUAAAGCUAACUAAAUAACACUCGUCAGUGUGAGAAUCAGUUCUUUAAUUUACAUGCUCAGCUUUGUUCUCUAAUCAGAUUAGAUUAGCAAAGUGAGCUAAUUAUAGUCGAUAUAAUUCACUCACCAGCAGCACCAGUGAUCGCCGCUGCCUCCGUCCUCAGACUGCAUCCCAGGAAUCAAUCAAGACAAUCAUUUGGAUUUUUAUUUCCGUAAUUCUUUACUGCAUCAUACUUAAUUUGCGUACAAUUCAGAAAAUAUUGAUUCAAAUGUCGCUAAAACUGAGCACCAACAAUCAAUCGGCUGUUGCUUUGUCGAACACAAAUGAGCUUUCUGCUGAGAGCAAACCUGCAAAAGAUUAAAGUUCAAAUCUGGUUUAGCUAACAGCUAGCUAUCAUAGCUGUCGCGGAAGCCAUUUUAGAUUUUGAUGUGUUGUUCCAGAAAACAGCUCUGAGUUUAUGUAGUAAGAUCACAGGAAGUUCAUUGCUGCUUGGCAAAACCAGAACAUCGCUAAUGUCUGUCAGAAAAUUUUGUAAAACACCAUGAAUAAGCACAGCUAGUUAGCGAGGUGACUAACUGAAGCUAGCUAUAAGUAACAAUAACGGAUUAUUAGCACAUGCACAAUAAACAAACACAGAUAAGAGUUUUAUAGCAACACCGAGUCCAAUCUCAGACUUUUAAACACAAAUUUCUGAUUUUUCACUCAAGAUUUCUGAGACUUUUACCACAUGAUCACGUGACAUCGGUGAUAAACGCUGAUGUUUUACUUUUCCUCAUGAUGGUAAAAAAUAACAUGUAAAAUGUUAAUGUUCUCAAUCUCACGUCUACAGUCCUCACUCACAGUGCUAACAUCGCUAACGUACACCUGAACGUUGCGGGAUUAACAAAACACUUCCUGUCUGCCGUUUAUUAUUAGCACCAUUAGCAUGAUUAUUAACGUUCUCUUUUUAAAGAUAUUAGCUGAUUUUAAUGCUAAUACUAAAUGAGUGUUGGGCUAUUAACACACACACACACACACACACACACACACACACACACACACACCCCAAUCUUAACACAUGCCCUUCAUGUAUAAAUGAAAAUGUUGCUUGUCAAAUAAAUAAAGUAUGAACUAUGAUAAAUAAUUAAA